AUGUUCGUUGCUUUGUCGCUUGUCCUAGCAUCCUUAUGCAUUCUCGCUAAUGGAGAUGAUGCAGUACCAAUAGAUGUAUGCAAUGUUCUAAUGCCAGGAAUGCCUCCUGUACAAAGACCUUCAGUGCCUGUUGACAACUGUCAAGAUCGUGAUGUAUUGGCAUGUUUUGAAAUAUUCAAACCUGAAGACGACCCUGCUAGGCUUGGAAGGGUGCUUAAUGAGAAUCCGACAACUUCAUCACCUCCAACACAAAAUUGUAAAGACGAACGACAAGGCUGUGAAGCAAUAAGAGCAUCAAAUAGUUGUGGCGGUGUAUUUCGUACAACAAUGAUGCAACAAUGCGCAAGAACGUGUGGUUAUUGCACAUAA